UCUUUUCCGUCGGCCGCCUCUUCUUUGGCAGCCGCAGCCGGGAAUAGAGGGCCGAAGCAAGGCUUCGCAGCGCGCUGCUGGGCCGAGGAAUAGAAAAAAUGGAUUCAGCAGAAAGGGCAAUGAAUAAAAGUGAACAAAAAUCAAGGAAAUUUCUAAAGAGCCUUAUAUGGAAGCAGCCCUGGGAACUCUUGCUAGUAAUUGGAACAGGCGUGAGUGCUGCUGUAGCACCAGGUAUCCCAGCACUGUGCUCCUGGCGGAGCUGUAUUGAAGCAGUCAUUGAAGCAGCUGACCAGCUGGAGGUGCUUCAUCCUGGAGAUGUGGCUGAAUUCCGCAAAAAAGUGGCUAAAGACAGAGAUUUACUUGUGGUUGCGCAUGACCUAAUCCGGAAGAUGUCACCGCGCACAGGAGAUGCCAAACCCAACUUUUUCCAGGACUGUUUGAUGGAGGUUUUUGAUAACUUGGAGCAACAUAUUCAAAAUCCUGUUCUUCUGCAGUCAAUCCUCCGACUCAUGGAAAGAGGCACAAUGGUGUUGACCACAAACUAUGACAACUUACUUGAAAUCUUUGGCCAGCAACAGAAUAAACCUAUGGAAUCUCUUGACUUGAAAGAUAAGGACAAGGUUCUUCAGUGGGCAAAAGGACACAUCAAAUAUGGAGUUCUUCAUAUUCAUGGGCUGUAUACUGAUCCCUGUGGAAUGGUGUUGGAUCCCUUAGGAUAUAAAGAUGUUACUCAAGAUCCUGAGGUGAUGGAGGCUUUGCAGAACCUGUACCGGACAAAAUCUUAUCUAUUUGUAGGCUGUGGAGAAACCUUGUGUGAUCAGAUAUUUCAGGCUCUCUUUCUAUACACUGUCAAAAACAAAGUGGACUUAGAACAUUACAUGUUGGUGCUGAAAGAAAAUGAAGACCAGUUUUUUAAACUCCAAGCCGAUAUGCUUCUGUAUGGUAUAAAAGUAGUGUCAUAUGGGGAUUGCUUUGAAAGUUUUCCAGAGUAUGUGCAAGAUCUUACUUCUCAGAUCUGCAAACAGAGGAGCCCAGAUGCAGAUCAAGCGGAUAGUACAACACUUUUGGGAGCAUCUUGUGUGGAUUGUGCAAAGCGAAGGCUAGGGGAGAAUGGCAAUGACCAACUUAAGAAAGCAAGACAACCUGAUAAUGUUACCCACCAACUCCUCUCCUUCUACACUAUUUAUCUCACAUUCUGAAUCUGAACUGUCUGGCUGGGAAUGCUGUACUGUGAGAAAGCUGGGCCCCGUCUUCAUACCUUGAAAGCCUGUUUUCUUACACAGUUCCAGGUAGGUUGGUCCAACUGUUCCUUCAACCCAUCUGAUUAGACACCCUCAUUGGAAAAGCAAGGAGGGCUGUGGCUGAAGUACUGAUAUGCAUUAGCUUUCAGCAAGUGGGAAUGUAGUCCACUGUACUCCUUGAGAGUGGAGAUUCUCUGUUUAGGGGAGAGUACAUUUGUUACUGGCUUGUUGAAGGAAACAACGGUUAGUGUUUGGGAAAGAAUGUGCUUUGCAAGAUUGAGUCCGCUUUUGUUGGCUUUCUAAAAUGAUAACAAAUUCUUCAAGGCAGUUUUUGCUAUAACCAACUAUGAUUUGCAUUGAACAUCAAACACACCCCCACCCCGGCCUGCUUCAUUGCUUCACCACAAACAGGCUUGGUCAGCAGUGAAUGCAUUUAAUGUAAUACUGGGUACAGAAACAGCAGGGCCACCUGGUCACUUCCUACAGAGGCUUAGCUGAAAAGGAACUUGACUUUUUAACUUCAGGCAUACUCUUGACUGUCCUGGCUAGGAAAGGGAGUUGCAUCUUCCCCUCUUCCUGCCACUGCUUCCAAAGGUUGCAGUCAGCUUCUCCAGAGCUUCAGCUUUUGUGUUGGCAAUCCCCUGCUCUGCCAGGUCCUUCUCAUGCAUGUGCACAGUGAGACAAUUCCUCUCCCCUUUGCCAACUCUCAACACACCAUUCCUUUCCCACGCAGGCACUCUUCCUGGGGGGUAAGGUGAGCUGUGUCCACCCUUAUAUACCUGCCUCUGCCCCAGACUAUAGGAGUUUAGCACCUUUCCUGCCCCAAGUCAUGGUCUCCUACGACCUCUGUCUUCCUGCUGCCACUUUCCUCUCUCUCUCCACACCAUGUUCAUCACCCCAUUCCUUUCCUUGCAGCCUUCUUUAUCACUUCAGUGCUGCACUGCCUCUGCCUUCUCCCCCACAUUUUCUCUUCCUAAGGAAAGCACCUGCACACCUGGGUGCUCAGUGCUGGGCUGUGCGCACGCCUGUCCUGCCCAGUGCCCCAUUGCUGAAGGUCUUGCUGCCCCAGGCACCAGCUUCUUCAUGUUUUUGCUUCCCAUGGCAUAUCCCCCUUGGCUGGCUCCAAAGUAGGAGAUGGCAAGCCCC